AUGGAGACGGGCCACUUCCAGUUGUGGGCGCGGUGUCAAAGGUUUGUGGGUGACGUGUGCGCUGGCCGCGAUGCCACGCACGGCCUGGCGCACAUGGAGAGGGUCACGGAAAACGCUCUUCUCAUCCUUCACAUGGAACGUGGGCCGGCGGCGCGCUCCGCAUUAGCGCUCUCGCGAGUCAUACUUGUCGCCAUGCUUCACGACGUUGCGGAUCACAAGUACGAUGCGGCAAACGCGCUUCUCCGGCAGGUGCGGGAGUUCCUGGAGGCGGAGAAGGGGGUCAUAGUAGAUGAGGGGAAGAACGGCGCGGAGGCGCUCAAUCACGCCCUCACCGCCGUGGAAGCUGUCUCCUUUUCAAAGGAGAAGAAGCAUGGCAUGCGGUGGUUCGAAGCGAAAUUGCCGCCCGAUUGGGUUUUUGUUCGAGAUGUCGUGAGCGAUGCCGACAAACUUGAAGCCAUUGGCGAGGAAGGGCUGCGGCGGUGCCUUAUGUACACACGGUGCACCCUGAUGGCUAGGGAGGGAAGUCAGGUCUGGGAUGCGGCUUUGCGGCGGCACUGCCUGGAGGCGGUGAAGGAGCAUUUCGCGGAGAAGCUGAGUCGGCUGUCAACGGAGUUUAUAGUAACACCUGCAGGCAAGUUUCUAGCCGCUCCACGACAUGCGGCAAUGGAGCAGGCUUUAAAGGCGUGGGAGCAGCAAGGGCUGCCGUCAGUGUGA